AUGCCUGGUUUGAAGAAGGGGAUAUUUAGAGAGCCUUCACUGCCCUGCAAAAAUCAAGGAACUAUUUUAUGUGCUUCUGAUCAUCAUGUGCAUCAUGGUGGUUCUGAUGGAAUAUUGGAGCCUCAGCCAAGUCACGACAAAUCGUGUCUCGUUCCGUUAUACGGGUUGACUCACCAGUUGGUAGGAGAAGAGAGAAGGCAGGUGGCCGCAGCCUGCGGGAACCAAUACAAGGGCUCGUGUCUUUGGGUCUUAGCCCCUCUCGCAUUGAUAUUAUCCUCUAUUCUUCCCCGGCUUUACAUUGCCCCUGCAAUCAAGGCUUUCCUCAAGGACAAUAAUAUUUAUUAUGCAGCAAUUGGAACUUCAUUGUCUCUGGAGGCCCCCUUCUACAUUGGCCUUGCAAUAUUCCUCCUAGUGACCCAGCAUGUUCAGCAGCCAUAUCUGCAAUUCAACCCCAAUAUUCGAUGGGGUCUCAUCACAGGCUUCAGAGGCCACUUGACAUCUGCUUUCCUCGCAAUGGGCUUCAAGCUCAUCCUCCCUCUCUUUGCUUUGCGUUUAGCCUGGGAGCUGCUUAAUCCGCCAGCCCGUGUUGCACUGCUUACUCUUGUUCUUAACUGUGUUGCUCAGCUUGCCUUUGAAACAAGUCUUUACAAGCUUGGAUGGUCCUGUUGGCCCUUGGUUCCUAUCAUUUUCGAGGUCUACAGACUUUAUCAGUUGACAGAAACUGUUCAUCAUAUUGAGGUGUUGAUCUUGUCAAAGCAGCAACGCUAUGGAUCCAUAGAACAUGUAAUCAUUAUCUCUCUGCUGUUUUGUGUGACAGUGAUUCUCCGAGUUCUUGCUGUGGUCUGCCUCUGGUCUUUAAUCACAUUUCUAAUGAGGAUUUUCCCUUCUAGACCUGUACCAUAG